AUGCAUCGGGCAGCCGAGGCUUGCCUAAACAGCUGUACUAGUGUCGCGCGCGGCGCUUUGCGGAGCGGCUUACGGGGCCCCAUUGUGCGUGCGAAAGAGACGGCUGCGGAGCCGAGGAGGGGCGAAGGCUCCGCGCACGGGGCGCCCAUUGGCGGCCGCCACGCCGCCCCAGACCGCGCCCCCCGCCGGCCGAUACCCACGCUCGCACACCACACUACCGCCAGUCCAUCGACCGACCUCGUCGCGACACAAUCGUUCUACACCAGUGCCCCAUUCAGCGCAGUCACAGCUGAUGCUCAAGCCAGAGCCGACCAACAAAUCGAUCCGUUAACAUGUCCACCC